AUGCGUGUGAUAUGGAAGAAUAUACAAAGUAUUCGAAGUAUAGUGUUUCCAAUAUCUAGUACGCAGGAUAAUUUUCUGUCGAGGUUCUAUUAUACUCUCCAAAAUCUGGACGAAAAUCCGCAAUUCAUAAUUCAGUGACGAGCAAAAAACAAGAAACGACGAAAAAUUCUGGAUAUUUUCCGAACGACUUCGUGUGAUUAAAAGUUGUAUAAUAAUUUAUUUGGUCUCAUUUUUAAAGCGUGAGCGGUUGAAUUGUACGUCUUUAACCUGGCGCAUACGAAUGGAAACAAAUGUAUGAAAUUUUUGUUGCUUAUCAACGUGACUGGCCAUUAAAUUCGUGCUAUAUUAAGCUUCUAAUUUUAUUAUAUAUAUUGGAUGGGACAAGAAAUGGGGACAGUACGUAGCAAACUAUUGAAAGUGAUACAAAAAGUAAUCCUUUUAGCUUCAAGGUGUGAGCGUUUCAUCUUCUUCAUUUCUUCUUUAGUUAAAGCGAGCACAUCGACAGACCUUUUCCCUAAAGUUAGUAUCGAUAUUAUAAAAAUUUAUAUUUGUUAAAUUUUAAUUACCCUUGCAUAUUUAGAAUUAUUUUAUGCAUUAUUGUAUAUACAAUGGAAAGAAUAGAAUACUUAUUUGACGUCCACUGAAGAAAUUUACACUACUUUUCUCGAAAUUUUGUUUAGACUUUGAUGAGGAAGGACGCUAGCGACAAGCUUCUCACUCUAACAAAAAAUUUAAAAGACAAAAAUCAAAGAUAUCAGAAAAUUUUGUGAAUUAGAAUCGAUACAAUUUUCUUGGAAGAACACCGAAAAAUAAAAGAUUUCUUUUAUCCUGUUGUAAAGAUUUUAUCAUAAAUAUAAAUAUUUGUCAAAAAACGCUCGUCUAUAAUACGAAGAAUUAAUUAUAUUCUGAUUACGAAAUUUGAUUGAAUUAUAUAAUAAAUGUAUAAAUUAUACAUUCUGAUUAUAUAAUUAUAUUAUAUUAUAUUAUAUAAUUAUAUAAUUAUAUAAUUAUAUUAUAUUAUAUAAUUAUAUAAUUAUAUAUUAUAUAUUAUAUAUUAUAUAAUUAUAUUAUAUUAUAUAAUUAUAUUAUAUAAUCUGAUUAAAUAUUUGAUAAAGUUUGAUUAUUAAAUAUAUUAAUAUUUGCGAUAAUAAAUAUAAAUAAUAUUUACUAAACGAAACUUAAAUAAGUAUAAUAUCCGAUAUAAUAACUAAUAUAAUACAAAUCUAAUAUCUCAUUAUUAAUCCAUAAAAUAAAUGCAAGUUAUUUUUUUACACUGACAAGACUAAGUAUAAGAAUAAUAAUUUCCUUGUCUACAGUACUUUGGUAUACUAUAUAUAGAAAAUGAGCAUAUUUCUCACUGUAUACUAUAACAGAACGUCGAUUAUUUAAACGCAAGUUGAUUUACCUGUAUUUUACCAACUAUGCAUAUUAACUGUGUAUUUAAUUCACAUUUCACGACACGUAUCUGAUCUGAGUUUCAUGUGUACAUACAACUUUCAUUUUAUUUAUAUCAUGAGUAUUAAAAUAAAAGUAGAGAAUAUAGCUGAAAUUAAUAAUAAGUGAACGUCUAGGAAAGGCGUCUAAUGACAAAAGGAAGUCUGCAAUUCACGACAUUAAGAAUUAG